GUAAUGAAGUUUUAUCCACCUCUAAUCAGGAGAAUGAGGACGGCGGUGGUUCCGAAGAAGUGUGCUACACAGUCGUCCGCCCCCGCUCUCAUCACAAGCCCUCCUUGAGUUCCAAUGACAACGGCUAUGAGAACAUUGACUCCGUCACAAAGAGAGUGAAAUCGUUUAAAGAAGAAACAGAAUAUGCCCUCCUCAGGACGUGCAUCACCAGGCGUUCGCCCUGCACCCCGGAGCAUGAUUAUGAACUUGUGCUUCCCCACUAGACACUUCAUGCCUCUUCGUCUUUCAGUAACAAAGAUGGUACAGAGUGACACCUCUGGGGAAGUCUCUCUCUCAGCAGUUCAUAAAACAUUCAUGUCUGUCCUGAGUUUAGAAAUGAUGUCCUUUCAAUAUAUUGCCUUGGGAAACUCUUAAACGUGGUAUCUCUGUGAUUUGUAUGAAGCCGUAUACAUUGGCAUAAUGAUAUAAAGUCUUCUACAUCUUUUUGUUUGUAAGGUUUGAAGAUAUGGAGGUGGUGGGGAAACCUUCCUAGGACAAUAAACAUCCACAAAUAUACGACCUAAAACAUUCAAUUCCAGCCAUGCUCUCCAAAUUUCA